AUGCGGAGUGCAUGGUUCAACACUUCGCAGGACUUGUCGACGACCAUCGGGUGGAGUGGUCAAGGCAAGCAGAAUGAUCUUGAGGGCGAGAAGGAAGGUGCAGGCAAAGCAUGCACCGCAGUUGUUGGAGAGGCUAUGCUCACCGGUGGGGAGGCCGGGCACGGAGGCGACAAAAGGAGCUCCCAUGCCAAGGACCUCCGUGACCUGUCCCUUGUCGCCGUCGACAUCCUCAAGAUUCGUGUGGCAGCUGCCGGCGGCAAGGUGAAGGAAGCACUCCAGAAAGACAAGAAAGGUACGGAGGAGGCGCUCGGCCUCAGGUAUUGCCAGGUGGACUACGAUGUCACUAUCGGCACCCUCGAUCUCUGCGACGCCAUGCUCAGGGACUUCCAUGUCCCCAGGGGCGACGCAGACUGCCUGUGGUCCUUUGAACUGCCCGAGUGUGUGGAGAAGGCGACUGACCAUGUCAGCGACUGCUGGCAUGAUCUUCACAUGGAUAGCCAGCCACUUAUCAACGAAAACAAGGAGCUGAUCAAGCUGGGUGACCUCAACAAUGUCUUGCUAGGGCCAUAUGACUUUGAUAGUUAAUAAUCUAUUUUCUGCCAGAAACAAUGUUCAUGUAAAACCAACAUUACUUUCGUUUGAAAUAAUAAUAAUAAUGUUGUUUCGAUAUCGAGUAUACCCCCCACCCCCGAGAAACACUCAUACCGUGCAAAAAAUCUCAAAUAUUUUCAAACUAUUGAAUUCAAACGCUCAACUGAUAGUUAAAUAUGUGGCAUCUCUUAAUGAACAUCAUGACAGGUCAUGGCCUAGGUGGCAAAGCCAAGGUUUCCGCGGCAGCAAGUCUCGGGUUCGAGUCUGGAUGCAAAAAGUAAAAACGUCGAACU